UGGGGUUAUGGCUUUGCAGAAUGAUGUAUUAAUUAUAGCUAUUAUCAAACGAUCUCCGAAUUUAAGACACUUAGAGAUCAGUCAUAAUGAUAUUGGUGAUGAGGUUAUUGAAGCGUUGGCUUAUACAUGUCAUAAAUUAGAGCAUCUCGAGCUAGAUGGUUAUUCAUUUGUCAGUGAACUAUCAAUUUGUAAUGUUAUACGUUCCUGUCCAAGACUCCAGCAUCUCGAACUUAGAUACUGUAAUAUUACCAGUACGACUAUCAGAGAAAUUGCUCGCUCAUGUCUCAAUUUAAAAUCUCUAGAUUUGGAAGGAUGUGAAAAUAUUAGCAAAAAAGCCAUGGACUAG